AUGUUGAAGACCAAUCUCAGAUUUAAAAAUAAUCCCCACGGUGACCAUGCAAUUUCACCACAACUUCAGCAUACUGGGGAAGAAGAAGAAGAAGAAGAAGAAGAAGAAGAAGAAGAAGAAGAAGAAGAAGAAGAAGAAGAGACUAUAUAG